AGGAUUUCCCGCGACAUAGCAAGAAUAUGGCAUCGCAGCGCAAGCGGUCAAGCAAGGACAAGAUCGCUACGAGGUCACUACCCGUUAGUUUCGAGACGGAGCAACAAGAUCGUCCCAGUGACUUCAAAUCGCCAAUUUUAGCCCAAUCUCCUGAUGAAGGCGAUAAUCAUGAGAGUUACAUUGUCAACCCCCUCUAUGAACGGCCUGACAUUGAGUUGUCCGCAAUGCAUGAGCAAGGGUCCCAUAGCGGCGCACUUCAAAACAUAUUUGUUCCCAGGCGGGAAACCACUUCCACACCCAGAUCUGCUGGAGUAAGAUCGCCGGAAGCACGGCAGCGAGGUAAUACUGUCGAAUCGCCUACUAUGCGAUCCCGAACAGCCAUUAGCGACGAUCAAGAUCAACUGUUCAACGAUGGGGAUAAUCAUAGUGCUGACAGCAAAAGGGUGUCCCUGACUGCACGGGCAUUGAGCGACAGCUCUUUAGGUUUUACUUCCGCAUAUACGGUCGCCCAAAUGCCCGGGAGCUUACAGCCCGUGAAGGGAGGAAAGUUGAACACAUCGAUCGCAUUUGACGGGUCUGCCCCGAAUAUUAGAGCUUUAGAUAGCGAUCAAGGCAAAGAGUUACAGAGCCUCCGAUCUGCUCGUGCUUCAAAUAGUACGAUCGGCAGCACAACUGGCUUGAUGACUGGCCACGGUCGAGUAGGAAGCAUCAUGAAAAUGGCUGGCGUGAAGGAAGUGAUAAAUGAAAAUGAGAAUCAAAACAUCAAAUACUCAAGAGUUGUGACGAUGGAUUCUUCUGGUGAAACUCCAAACCAACGUCGUGACGACACAGCCAGUCCCAAGCGUAAACAGCGUAUUCUUGUGCGCACUGGGAAGCGCUUUCUCAUUGGACAUAUUCGGAAGAGUCUCGAAAGCGACUCAUUUAACAUCACGUCAUCCACUGGAAUGAACUCCGCGCAGCCAUUGAACAAGAUAAAGUGCACAAUAUCCGGCCAUGGCUCGCCGCUACAUCUCGCUCCGUCAUCUUUCGUCGUCAUUCCAACGCAACACUGGUCAUCGCGUGAUCCUCUUCGUGUUGGCGAGCCCAUCAUUGCGCGGAUCGUCAACGAGGAGUAUGCACUAGCCACGGUGCUAGGAGGGUAUAAAGAAAAGAUUCUGGUUCAAUUCGUUAGCGGCGGAUGUAAUUUGGUAGCUCCGUCGGAUAUAAUCCGUAAUCUGGUGUUGGAUGCGGAGAAGCUUCCCAUCAUCAAACUUCAACACAGGGAAGCGAGAAAGAUUGCCACAAUAGCUGCUUUUCUGAGCGCGGUGGAGAUUGCUUUAGCAGUCUUACUAUUAUUUGUAAAGUUACCAAGUGAUUAUACCAUGAAAGACGAUGGAUGGUUGAACACAAUUCAAACAGCUGUCGCUGUCCUCACAGCUUUAAUAUGCGUGAAAUGUUUAUACCUAUCUUAUUCUGUCACUGUCGAUUUCAGCGAAACCACCAAAUGGUUCAUCACAUACAAGAUGAUCGUUCUCUGCUUCUUCGACGUACUGUCGCUGAGCGCGGCAUCGAUUCCUCGGGCUUUGUUGACUGGUGGAGGAAUGCUUUUAAGAAUAGGGCAGCUCACCUGGUUACACAUGCAUCCUAAGAUGGUCUCACAUUAUCGUCGAAUGCGCCGAGAAAUUCAGAAUAGUUUCCAAGAACUCCGGCACCGCCAUUUGGAGAUGACGAACUCAAGGGGAGAUACGUUAUAUCGUAAGAACAUGGUAUCGUGGAAGUUCUUUGGAACACUGUCGAUUACCUUUACGAUAUUCCUUGGAGUGGUAUUGGGCUUGGAGCUUUGGAGAUUGAUCACGAAUCAGAACCCAAUGCUAAACUUGGAGCAGUUGGGAGUACUCAGACAAACGGUUGCUGGAGAGCAGGAGCGGCAAGGCGUUUCGAAACUGGGAAAUCCAACGGGAUUGAAAGCGUUUCUAGUGAUAUUAGACGGAAUGCGGGCAGACCAUCUUCAAUCCAACAAGGAUUUCAAAGAUUUGCUACAGGACCCAAGUAUCAAAAAUGAUUUGAUGGUAGCACCGAUGAUGGUGCAACUUCCUAGCAUGUCGGUUCCAAACUGGCUCACGUUCAUUACGGGAAGUCCACCCUGGAUGACAGGAGUAAUUGGCAAUGCGGCCGUUCAACUCUCCUCAUUUGACAGUAUCUUCUCCCUGGCCUUUACUAGCAACCGUACAACGGGUUUGACUGGAUCUAGCUGGUUUGGUGACCUUGUCGAAAGUUACUUGGACCUGACGAGCAUGGGAACAAACGAUGCAGGAUUUGGAUACCAACAGGGUGUCGCUAACUCCCAAUUUGCUGAUACCCAGCGGGAGAAUGCUGUUGAGCAGAUAGUCUCCAGAAGACAACAGUAUGAAUUUUAUUUGGCUCAUUUUUCGGAUAUUGAUGAAAGGGGGCAUCUCUCCGGCGUGACAAGAGAAUAUAAUGAACUGGAUACCUACAACAAAGCGGUUUCGGAUAAGGCACAGAUACUGCGAAAUGUGUUCACAAAUAUCGGUAAUGAUACUGUGGUCAUAGUUGUUGCGGACCAUGGACACGUAGAUUCAGGAGGCCAUGGAGGAACCAAUCCGGUGUUAAUGAACACAUUCAUGCUGACGUAUAUGAAGAGCUCUAACUUGGGUCGUCGAGCACUGGAUCCUUUUAAUCCAUUCAAUUCUGUGGACGUAGCGCCGACCAUUUGCGCAUUGCUAGGUCUGCCAAUGCCAGCAAAUAACAUAGGGCGCAUUCGACAUGAAAUCUCAACACAGAUCAUCACCUCGCUUAACCAAGAUGAGGCCCUUUAUCAAUGGGAAGCUCAACAAAGAGGGUUGCGUCAAGUCUUUGACUCCAUGCUGGGCACAUCCUUUUAUACCCAAGCCCUAGGAAACGGCACCUUGGACACAUCGAAAGACUUUUCCGAGGCGGUUUCAAAUGCCUAUCGAAAAAAUGUGGUCCCAAAUGUGUUGUUGCUGACCUUGUACGCUAUUUUGAUGUUCAUCGCCUUGUGUGCAUUCGUCACCAGAACGACGGGCGUCGACUCGCCUGCCCGUCUUUUGAUCAAGGCUUUAUAUCAGACAAAAUUUGGGAAAGGGCGACGUGCGGCAACUGAUGUGAAGAGAACCAAUUCUCAGGACGGACGGGCUUUCAAGAUUGCGGUGCUGUUAGUCGCUGCUUAUCAUUGCAUUACCUUUGUGGUCUACAUUGUUGGCUGGAGAAUGAAGGGAAAGUAUGAUUGGGAUUCAACGACCAUUCAUCAUCCAAACCAGAUGGUCAUUAUGGCGCUGCUUACCUUUAUUCCUGGAGCCAUCCUCGAAUAUAUUAUCGCUCGCACGAUCACGUAUCGUUGUCAGUUUCCUCAUGACUCCCUUCCGCAUACCUACAAGGCUGCACCGCCGGAAGAACCUGACCUUGAGCAAGCAGCAGCGAUUGCAAGUGGCACAACUGGCGAUAUUCACGGCUCUAUAUUUUCUCUCCGGUCGGCGAUUUAUCUCCGCUUUAAUUGGGCCUGGGUGCGAGCUCUGCCACAGCAAAUGUUCGAAAGUAUCAGCCGAGUUGCAUACUUCCAAUUAGCCCCACGUAUUCCACGGCAAGGUAAUGCGGAACUUGUGACGAAAAUCCACAUUUACUCAUUUUUGCUGGAGGUACUCUUCUUGCUUUCCUGUUUUGUCCUCACUGGUUGGUAUGGAGGUAUCAUAAAGUUCGUUCGAGGAGUUGCCUACAUAGAUGUGAUGGAAUGGCAGCUUCGAUUCAGGAGUUUAUGUCUCAUGUUCAUGGGUUUACCUUCCCUUAUUGGAAAAGUUAUCCUAUGCUGCAGCGCGCUGAGAAAGUUGACAUGGUUCGGAGUAUGUGAUCUGGCAGAGGACGAGGAAGAAAUGGAAGUAGAAAAAUUGUAAUACACUUUUGUGGUUAAAAGAUUACCUGCAAAAUAGAAUUAUGCAAAUAAUGCAA